GCUAUAAUCUUUGUGUUAACUAUGAGUAUUAUUUGUGAUUUGCAAGUGGUGCUUGGGAAGUUUCCUAAUCAUCCUCUUCAUUGCCAGUUGACAUCUUUCAAAAAAAAGAAAAAAAAAAUAUUAACAUUGAAAGUUCCAACCAUGCAGGUUUCAAAUGGAACUGUUCAAACUUCGACAGCGUCAAGUUUGUGCUAUGCAGCUAGCUAUAGCUACACACGUUUUACCAAAUCCAUACUUCACCAUUCUUCUUAAUUAAACUAUAAAUAUGCAAUUAAGACCAGCUAUUUCCAUCAUCUCCGUCUCUCCACAGCUCACUUCCUCAUCUUUUUUCAUAUAAUUUUAUCUUUCAGUACAAUAUUCAUUUGAUCCAAUUUAAGUGUUGAAAAUGAGUGCCGCAACGUUAAAAAUGAGUUUGAUAUUCUUUUUGGCCAUGUUUAUGGUGGUCUUCAUGGCAUCAGCAGCUCCGAAAGUCGGUUUCUAUCAACGGAGUUGUCCUUCUGCAGAGGCAAUUGUGAGAAAAGCUGUGAACAAAGCUGUGGCAAAGAAUCCAGGCAUAGCUGCUGGCCUCAUCAGAAUGCAUUUCCAUGAUUGCUUUGUUAGGGGUUGUGAUGCCUCUAUCCUACUUGAUUCAACUCCUGGACAACCAUCCGAAAAAGAACAUCCAGCAAACAAUCCGAGCUUGAGAGGCUUUGAAGUGAUCGAUGAGGCCAAGGCCGAGAUUGAAGCUAAAUGCCCCAAAACCGUGUCAUGUGCUGACAUCCUUGCAUUUGCUGCUCGUGACAGUGCACUCAAAGUUGGUGGGAUAAAUUAUGACGUGCCUUCGGGGCGGCGAGAUGGAAGAGUUUCCCUCCAAGAUGAGCCUACGCAGCACCUCCCCCCACCUUCCUUCAACGCCAAGCAACUUGAGGAUAGUUUCGCCCGAAAAGGCCUUAGCUUGGAUGAAAUGGUCACAUUAUCUGGGGCACAUUCUAUUGGCGUGUCACAUUGUUCUUCCUUCUCUGAUCGCUUGUAUUUCUUCAAUGCUACUCAUCCACAAGACCCUUCAAUGGAUCCCAUUUUUGCUCGAAACUUGAAAAAGAAGUGCCCUCGAUCAUCAAACAAUGAUCGAGUUACGGUGCCACUUGAUGUUCUUACACCAAAUAGGCUUGACAACAAGUACUAUACUGAUUUGAAGAACCAUCAUGGCCUGCUUACAUCAGAUCAAACUCUUCUUACCAGCCGUUCGACAGCCGGGAUUGUGAGGAACAAUGCCAGAUUUGGUGCAGCUUGGGCUAAUAAGUUUGCAGCAGCCAUGGUGAAAAUGGGCUCCAUUGAUGUCCUCACAGGAAGGCAAGGUGAGAUCAGGAACAACUGCAAGGUUGUGAACUAGAACACAUAUAUAGGGAUUUAUUGGCUCCGUGAUCAAAUUGGAGCUUUGUUUUGCUGGUCACACACACAUAAUUGUAUGAAAUUGAUUCAUUAAACUUGUUUAUUAGUAAGCUUUUUGUGUUUAAUUUUUAAUAAACACUCCAA